CUUACACAGCAGGUGCAGCCCAACCCAGGUGUCGUCACGCAGGUCAGAAUUGAGAUGGACAUCAGAACAUUCUUUGGACAAAGCAGGGACAGGAAAGCAGAAAGGAGAGAGGAGUUUGAGGGAGCCAAAUAGCUGCCACUUUCUAUGGAGGGAAACAAGAGUAGCUCGGCCACCAAAAGGAGUCCCUUUAAGCAGAUGGAGCAACAGAACACUGCAGCAUCUCCAGAACCCAGCUGUGACAGUGACAGAUCCACAAUUCAGUCCCCUGAUCUCAGCAAUGGAACACUGACUUCUGUCCCCAGAAUGCAGAGCCAGAGAGCGGUAUCUUCAGAACCCAGCUGUUUGUCUGUGAAAAGUAACAGAUCCAUGGAUCCUCCAGAUAAAUUCAGUGAUAAAGCAGUUAUCUUCGACCCCAGAAUGCAGACCCAGGGAGCAGUAUCUUCAGAACCCAGCUGUAUGUCUGUGAAAAGCAGCAACUUUAUGUAUUCUCCUGAUUCAUUCAGCAUUCAAAGAGUUAUAUUUGGCACCAGUGGCAUGAGCGAUGAUCUGAUCCAGGUUCAGUCCAGAUGUGGAGUUUGUGAGCAGGUUUUGAAAGAUACAGUCUCUAUCACCUGUGGACACAGUUUCUGCAGACAGUGUAUCAGCUGCUACUGGGCCCAGACCAAUCCAUCAGAAGACUUUAAGUGUCCACAAUGCAGAAAAAGAUCUAGAACACAUCCUGUUUUACACUCAAACAAAGUCAAGAGAGUAUCCAAUUCUGCUGAUUCUGCACACUUCCACAAAGAACCAAAACUGCAUCAGGAUUCUCAUCAACCAGUAGAUGAUGUUCAUCAGAGAGACAAACAGAAAAGCAUCAUGAGGAACAAGUAUGAGAGCUUAUUUGAGGGAAUCAAACUACAAGAGAAUCAAAUGCUCCUGAACAAUAUUUACACACAGCUCUACAUCAUAGAGGGAGAGAGUGAAGGGGUGAAUGAAGAACAUGAGGUAUUACACAUGGAGAAAACAGCCAGAACUCAACACUUACAAGACACUCCAAUCUACUGCAAUGACAUCUUUAAACCCUUACCUGAACCAGGAUGUAAGCAGAAGAGAACAGACCAAAUAAAAACUGUUCUUACUAAAGGCAUCGCUGGAAUUGGAAAAACCGUCUCUGUGCAGAAGUUCAUUCUGGACUGGGCAGAGGGAAAAGCCAAUCAGGAUGUAGAUUUAAUGUUUGUGCUUCCAUUUCGAGAGCUGAACUUGAUUAAAGAUGAGCAGUACAGUCUUCACAAACUUCUGCUGGACUUUCAUCCUGAACUUCAUGAUCUGGACUCAAAGAGUUAUGAGGAGUGUAAAGUUGUGUUCAUCUUUGACGGUUUGGAUGAAAGCAGAAUUCCACUGAUGUUUACAGAUAGUGAGAAAGUUUCUGAUGUGACUGAGACUUCAUCAGUGGGUGUGUUGAUGUCAAACCUCAUCAAAGGAGAUCUGCUUCCAUCUGCAUUCAUCUGGAUCACCUCCAGACCAGCUGGAGCCAAUCAGAUCCCCUCCAAAUACAUCAGGCGUGUAACAGAGAUCCAGGGAUUCAAUGACCCUCAGAAAGAGGAAUAUUUCAGGAAGAGAAUCAGUGAUGAGCAUCAAGCCAGCAGAAUCAUCUCACACAUUAGAAGAGCAAGAAGCCUCCACAUCAUGUGCCACAUACCAGUCUUUUGUUGGAUCUCAUCCACUGUGCUUCAAAACAUCCUGAAACAAGAUGACAGUGCAGAAAUCCCUCAAACUCUGACUGAAAUGUACAUCCACUUCCUGCUCAUUCAGAUCAAUAUGAGGAAUCAGAAGUAUGAAGAGAGAGAUCCAGAGAAACUCCUAGAGUCCAACAGAGAAGUGAUUGUGAAACUUGCUGAACUGGCGUACAAACAAUUUAUGAAGGGCAAUGUCAUAUUCUAUGAGGAGGACCUGAGAGAGAGCGGCAUAGACGUCACUGAGCCCUCAGUGUAUUCUGGGUUCUGCACUGAGAUCUUUAAGGAGGAAUCUGUGAUUCUUCAGAGGAAAGUCUACUGCUUCAUACAUCUCAGCUUUCAGGAGUUUCUGGCUGCUCUAUAUUUGUUUUACCAUUAUGUUGUAAAAAAUGUUGACUUAGUGCAGUUUUAUGAUGUAGUGCAUACUCUGCAUAGGUACGCUGUUGAUAAAGCCCUUCAGAGUGAAAAUGGACGCCUGGACCUUUUCCUGCGAUUUCUGCUGGGCAUCUCAAUGGAGUCCAAUCAGAGACUCUUACAGGAUCUACUGACACACACACAGAACAGCUCAGAGAGCAUCAAAGAAACUAUUACUUAUAUCAAAGACAAAAUCAAAGAUGGACAUGGACUCUCAGCAGAAAGAUCUAUCAAUCUGUUCCUCUGUCUGCUGGAGAUGAAAGAUCAGACUCUGUACAGAGAGAUUCAGGAGUUUGUGAAAUCAGACAAACACUCAGAGAAUAAACUCUCUCCUGCUCAAUGUUCUUCAAUUGCCUACAUGCUUCAGAUGUCAGAGGAGGUGCUGGAUGAGCUGGACCUGAAGAAAUACAACACAUCAGAGGAGGGUAGAAGAAGACUGAUACCAGCUGUGAGCAACUGCAGAAAAGCCUUUCUUGCUGAGUUUAAUCUCACUGGUCAGCACUGUGAAAUUGUGGUCUCAGUUCUACAAUCAUCAAACUCCCUCCUGAGAGAGCUGGACUUGAGUAACAAUGACCUGCAAGAUUCAGGAGUGAAGCUGAUCUCUGAUGCACUGAAGAGUCCAAACUGUAAAUUAGAGAUUCUAAGAUUGUCAGGCUGUAUGGUGACAGAGAAAGGCUGUUUUUAUCUGGCUUCAGCACUGAGUUCAAACCCUUCACAUCUGAAAGAGCUGGAUCUGAGCUACAAUCACCCUGGAGAAUCAGGAGUCAAACUACUCACAGAGAGACUCAACGAUCCAAACUGUACACUGGAGAAACUCAGUUUGGACCAUGGAGAACCAUUCAGGAUCACACCAGGCCUUCGAAAAUAUUUCUGCAAUCUCACAAUGGAUCCAAACACGGCAAACUAUCAUCUCAUUCUGUCUGAGGGGAACAGAAAGGCAACACACAAGAAAGAGGAUGAGCCUUAUCCUGAUCAUCCAGACAGAUUUGAGCACUAUGAGCAGGUUCUGUGUAGAGAGAGUCUGACUGGACGCUGUUACUGGGAGGCUGAAUGGAGUGGAUGGGCUGAUAUAGCAGUGUCAUAUAAAGGAAUCAGAAGGAAAGGAAGAAGUGAUGACUGUGAUUUUGGACUCAAUGAAAAGUCCUGGUGUCUGAGCUGUAUUGAUGGCAGAUUCACUUCCUGGUUCAAUAAAAACAGCAUUGACAUACCUGUGCCUAAACCACAAUCUAACAGGAAAGGAGUGUAUCUGGACUGGUUGGCCGGUACUCUGUCCUUCUACAGCGUCUCUGACACACACACACUCACACACUUACACACAUUCCACUCCAAAUUCACUGAACCCCUCUAUGCUGGAUUUGGGAUUUUUUAUUCUAACUGCUCGGUGUCUCUGUUAGAUUAAAUAGCCUGACACACAUCUUGAAAGAUAGGAACUCUAUCGCUCCGUUUAAUGCAUUUGCUUUCACAAACACACCACAAAAUAGAUUGGUAUUUUACAUGUGUAUAUGAAUUAUAGCUUUUAUCUAUAUACUUAUAGAUCAAUAUGUCUCUUAGUCAUACACAUAUAUACAGUCCACAGAGACAUUUUUGAGACUGAGCUAGAAAGUUCCCACAGGUCCAAUAUUAUUCUGCAACUUCUCUGUAUAUUUAAACAUUCUGUGUAAUGUUUAAAAAAUUAAGUCAUUCUAUGUCUUGGCUGAUAUUCCAAUUAAUUUUUUCAAAUAUAUAAUAGUUAUUUAUAUGUUAUGAAUAGUUAUUUUUAUAUAUUGUGGGUUUUUUACUCUUGUUUUUAUUUUGUAUCUUUCUCUUGUGUUCAUGUUUCCUCUUCCUGGUGCUUUUCAAUUGUAUUAUUAGUGCUGUCUUGUGAUUGGAUAUUGUUAAUUAAUGUUUUUAGUCAUUGGUUGUGGUAAAUGUGACUUAGGAUUGUUAGCAUUGAUGAAAGAUGAACGUUUAUUCCAUGGCUGAUUUUAUAAGUCUGUCAGAAGUUGUUCACGGCUUGUUUAUUAUCAAGUAAAGUUCUAGUUUGUAAGUCGUUUCAUGUUUAUGAUCAGGUCAAAUUCUUGUUCAUGUUAUCUUCUGAUCCAGUCAGUUUCUAGUUUGGCGAGUUCUUCUGGCAAGGCUUUGUUAUUGGAUUUCUUCUUUUGCUCCUUCGUCUCAAUAAACUGAACCUGGGUUCAAAACUUAACGUCUUGUGAGCUCAACGAUACAUUGACUGAAGUGACAACAAAUUGGGCUUCAGCAGACAUAAAAAGGAUCCUUAACCACAAGGUCAGAACAUCAGAAGUGAUCAACUGUCAUCAGACCUGC